AUGAAUUUGAUAAAUAUGGACACGGAGAACCGGGUGGUUCUCAAUGUUGGUGGUAUCAGGCACGAAACGUACAAGGCAACCCUCAAGAAAAUACCAGCGACUAGAUUGUCGAGGUUGACUGAGGCACUGGCCAAUUACGAUCCUAUAUUGAACGAGUAUUUCUUUGACAGACAUCCAGGUGUCUUUGCACAGGUGUUGAACUACUAUCGUACUGGUAAACUUCAUUACCCUACCGAUGUUUGUGGUCCACUAUUCGAGGAGGAGCUCGAAUUUUGGGGACUGGAUUCUAAUCAAGUGGAGCCCUGCUGUUGGAUGACAUAUACGCAGCAUCGGGACACGCAGGAGACGCUAACUGUCCUGGAUAGAUUGGAUCUGGAUACGGAGAAGCCGAGUGACGAGGAAUUAGCCCGUAAAUUUGGAUUCGAAGAGGCAUACCUCAAUGGAACAUUAACGUGGUGGCAAAAAAUCAAGCCCAAAAUGUGGUCAUUAUUCGAUGAACCUUACUCCUCAAAUGCAGCCAAGAUAAUCGGCGUUAUAUCCGUCUUCUUCAUCUGUGUAUCGAUAGUGUCAUUCUGCUUGAAAACCCAUCCAGAUAUGCGUGUACCAGUGAUAGAGAGAAGAAUAGCUAGACGUGGAAAUGGAACAAGUACAACAUACGAUAAAAUUGAGACAAAUGCACACGAUGCAUUCUUCUACAUCGAGUGUAUGUGCAAUGCAUGGUUCACUAUUGAAUUUAUAUGCAGAAUAACAGCGAGCCCAAAUCGUUGGGCAUUUCUACGUACAACAGUGAAUUUAAUUGACAUGGUUGCAACAUUGAGUUUCUACAUUGAUUUGGCAUUACAAAAAUUUGCCGCCCAUCUUGGUAAUGCCGAUAUACUUGAAUUCUUCAGUAUAAUACGUAUACUUAGGCUGUUUAAAUUAACAAGACACUCAUCGGGAUUAAAAAUACUGAUGCAAACAUUUCGUGCAUCAGCCAAAGAACUCACCCUGCUGAUAUUUUUUCUGGUCCUCGGCAUCGUCAUCUUCGCCAGCUUGGUCUACUACGCUGAAAGGAUCCAGUCCAAUCCCAAGAAUGACUUCAAGAGUAUACCACUAGGAUUAUGGUGGGCACUAGUUACCAUGACCACUGUUGGAUAUGGUGAUAUGGUGCCAAAGACCUAUCCUGGAAUGUUUGUUGGUGCAUUAUGCGCAUUAGCUGGUGUAUUAACAAUCGCCCUGCCGGUGCCCGUGAUCGUUAGCAAUUUUGCAAUGUAUUACAGUCACACGCAGGCGCGAGCCAAGCUGCCCAAGAAGAGACGUCGAGUGCUUCCGGUGGAGCAGCCUCGGGUCAGAGUACCCGGGGUACCGGGGGUAGGUGGGCAAACUCAGGGAUCUACUGUCUGUAGCCAGCAAGUUGCCCUUCUACCCCCGGGGGGUGGGGGAGGAGGUGGUGGUGGUUUACAGUCUGGGCCACAAAAUAGGAGAAUGAAUGCUAUUAAAACGAAUCAUCCCAAGGAUCCAUUUGCUAAUAAGACAGAUGAAGACCGAAGAAACUCAAAUCUAAGAACCAACGGGACCAAAGCGUCAGGUGGCCUGGGCUAAUAAAACAACAGCGAAAGAAGAAAAAACUUUCCAAAUGAAAAAGGAAAAUUAAAAAACAACAUACUCCACUGCCGCGAAUGUCGCCCGGGGAUUCCAUUACCAAGAUAGCAAAAAACAAGUCAAAAGUACAGAAAUUCCACAGAGCGGAGGAAAAAAAUGAAAUGAUGGCGGAAAAAAAAAGUAUAGCAUCAAUUGAAGGACUCAACGGCAUUGUGAGUAGUGAAAUAAUACCAAAAAGACAUUAAAAAAAAGCUUAAUGUAAGUAAGAGUGAGAGGCUGAACGAAAGUGGACUGUUCAUGGUUUAAAAUUUUAUGAGAGCAUUAGAUAGACCAUAGAGAUAACAACGGACGUUAUGAAGGAGGGGAUGUUACCAAGUGGUGUAGAUAAAUGCGACGAAUGUAGAAAAUGCGUCCGACAUGAUGUAUGAAGUGAACAUUCAGGACACUAAUAUAGGAUAUACGAAGGGGGAAUAUAAAUAUUUACUUUUGGACCACACUAAUGGGAAGUUAGUUGAGAUAAGUAUAAACGAAAUGAACAAAUGUGGAGGGGGGGAACACUUGAGUGAAGACACCACGAUGGACACAUAUCACGAUCCAUUAACAAAAAAUAACAUAAACUCACUAUUCACCCUUCCCUUCUCCCAACGCUUGC